ACAAAUCUUGGUCAAUUGUCUUAAUUUGUGGACUAGUAGUCGGAUUGGUCAGCGAGUUUUCAACUCGGCGCCAGCUUUCCAAGCUCUUCGAUCACCGCACAGCCGCAGCCAUGAACGAUAAAGCAAAAACAAAGUCUCCGAGACAAGCCGUCAUAUGAACCAAUCAGUUGGUAUUGGCCGCGGCUUUGAGAUUUUGCCAAUCAGUAUAAUAUGACCCAUUGGCUCUGCUGACCGUCGCUGAGCCCUCGAGAUUUACAGCAUCACAUUGGCUUCUAAGAUACCCCUUCACCUCGUUUUACCCAUUCGAAGCAUCAUCGAAUCAACAUACCCAACUUAGUCAGUACCACGUAACAACGCGCCCAUUUCAUCCAUUCACUUUUCCGUGAAGUCGUUCCCGUCGAAAACUCUACUUCACACCACGACGUUACCAUGACAUUUUCCCCAGAGAAGGACAUACCAGACCUGGCCGGCAAGGUCAUCAUCGUCACAGGUGGCAGCAGCGGUCUGGGGAAAGAAAGUGUUAUUCAGCUAGCAAAGCAUAACCCCGCGGCAAUCUACCUCACGGCUAGGACAGAAGCCCGUGGUAAUGCCGCCAUCAAGGAGGUGGAGCAAGCCGUGCCGGCAGCCAAGAACAAGAUCAAGUACCUCGAGUUAGACUUAGGCUCCUUCGCCUCGAUCAAGAAGUCCACCGACACCUUCCUCACCUCAUCCGACCGUCUCGACAUCCUGAUGAACAACGCUGGUUUGAUGGCUACGCCACCAGGCCUAACAAAGGAUGGAUACGAAGUUCAGUUUGGAUCAAAUUACAUGGGUCCGGCUCUGUUCACCAAGUUGCUGCUUCCGAUCCUCAACAAGACGGCCGAACAGCCCGGUUCAGAUGUCCGCGUCGUCAACUUGAGCUCCGAACUCUUCAAACAAGCGCCUUCGGAGGGAAUUCUCCUCUCAAAGUGCAAGACCCCGCUCGACGACAUCUCCAGUCUGACUCGCUAUGGCCAGUCCAAGCUCGCUGACUACUACCACACCCGCACGCUGAGCCAGCUAUACCCCUCCAUUAAGUUCGUCGCAGUCCACCCUGGAGUCGUCAACACCGGUCUCUUUGACGACUUCAGAAAGAGAAGGCCCUGGGUCGGCGGAAUGAUUAGCGUACUUGGGUCGAUCUUCCUGACCGACGUCCACGCGGGCGCGCGAGCUCAGCUUUGGGCCAGCACGGCUGCGAGUGCCAAUGUGAAAAGUGGUGGCUUCUACAAUCCGAAGUUCAAGGAGUAUAAGGAGGCGAACUUGUACGAUGAUAAGGCGGCCCAGGAGUUGUGGGAUUGGACCGAGAAGGAGCUUGAGGGUCAUUGAUCUCGUUCAUUGUUUAAGAAAAGGAAAGCAACCCAUGUUACGUUUCUAUCCCAUGAAUUGCUAUAAAGCGACGGUGAAUGUUUGAAUACUUUGAGAAGGGAUC